UGAUUCAUUCGAUUCYAGCGCAGUGAGCAAGAUUAUCAUCAAAAUAGGUGAGGAUCAUCCCCCAAAGUUUUGAAAACUGUUCAACCAAAAAAUGUAAGUCGGAGAGAGCUCGACCAACAAAAAUUGCGGAAGAUUGGUUCGAGUACUACUCGGACUAAUACCGUACGAAAUUCUCGCAGCUCCGCAAACAAGCAUCAUCAAUCUUAACGCGCUUAGUUUUUGUACCGGUAGCUUUGACUUGUGGGGUGACAGAAUCAUCCCGUACCGAACGUACCGUACGACACCAUACGACACCGAACGACACGAUACGAGUGCCUUAGAGCAUCGCACAACCGGUAAUAAUAUUCUGCCGAUUGAAUCCAUCCACCAACAUAGCACCGUAGUUGGUAUCGAAUCGAAAGACCGAGGGAAUACAAUUCGUAUCGCUACCGCCUCGGCAACAACACCAUCKUUGAUUCGAAACAAACGCAGGGCGUUGUUUCAUUUCGCUUCGUUUCAUUCUAUUCUACAGGAGUAUUUGUUCCAGACAAUGGUUCGGCCUACCUCCAAUUCGUAUCCACGGUCGCAAUCGCGGUCUGCUCGAACAACGGCGGCGACGCCCCGCGCGCUCUGGAUGACAGCGUCGAUCUUUUCCGCAUUGGGGUSGUGUUCGCUUGCGGGAGCAUCGGAAACGGCCAAGAGCUGCGAGCGCCUCCAGGCGACCCUKAUGUUUACACAAGAAGAAGCUCCCCGCGAUCUUUCAAGCGUGGUACGUACCAUCCCAGCCAUGCUGCCAUUGAUGGUGUUGCUGUUGUAAAUGCUGCUCGUGCACCGAUACGAGCUUGGAAACUCGUUCUUUACCUUGUGCACAACCUACCAUGCGGGAAAUGCUCACUUUUUUUUUGGUGAUUAAAUCAAACAAAAACGACAACUGGAUUGAAUGGAAUGAUCCCUACUGAAUCGCAUYGCACCUUAUUGGGUUGAAUUUGACUGUAUUGCAUUGGUCGUAUGUGACUGUAAACGAACGAAUGUUAGCUUCCGGUAGUGGUGGAGAAAAUCAACCGUGUCCUAGAUGGCGUCGUKGACGUCGAGGUGGAAUGGACGGGUGCCGAAUUGCAUGGCCGCGUAGGCGAGCACUUGAUCGAAACCCGGGUCACGCGAUUGACCGGGAGCGGACACGAACCCGGAUUCGACGUUCGGAAGGACGAAUUCGGUCGGGAUGUSACCUCUCGGUGCUUCCACGUCCCCCUCAAAAUCACCGACACCGACGAGUGCUCCCUCCCCCCGGACCAUCCGAUGAGCCACACCUGCCAUUCCUCGACGGAGUGCGUCAACACCGAUGGAUCCUAUGCGUGUGCGUGCCCUCGUCUGUCGACCAGCCACGAGGACAGCGACCUGAACGAAUGGGAAGUUUCGUUUUCGUCGGCCGCAAAGACRUCCUGUCCAUGGCUGCCAGACACCUGGGAUUGCUGCCCCCGCAAUGCGCAUUCCACCGAGGGGAAGCGUUGCCGGGAGCGGUUUCGGUGCCCCGUUGAUCCCUGCGGAACUACCGGCAAAGUGAUCCACGAUUGUGAUUCCUCGGCAACCUGCGUCCGCGCGGAAUCCCCCAACGGUAUUGCGACCGAGGAGCACAAUUCAUCGGGGUCGUCGUCGCCAUCUGCUCACCUCUACACCUGUCAGUGCCCCGAGGACCUUAUGGGCAACGGAAAAAKCUGCAGGCCGGGGAUCGAUCCGCAGCCAAAACCGAUGGUGAUGUUUGACGGGGUAACACCCACCGCGUUGACCAUUAAAAACAACUUCUAUUGCGGGUGUACCCGACCCAAGAUCGAUGUCUGCAGUGGAUUCCCUCCAUGCGAAGGCAAGCAUGAGGUCUGUACCGUGGUAGACGAGAAACCCAAGUGCGCCUGUCGACCGGGUUACAUCCACCACGAAACAUACGGCUGCGUUGACGUSAGCCCCCCCACYCUGAAACUGCGAAACGAUCGCCACGGAGACCAGACUCUCAGAUUGAAACAGGGCGACGAAUACCGAGAGCACAUGGUGGACAUUGUGGAUGACAACGCCGAAGACUAUCUUCGAAGCCUCAAGGUGGCCUACAGCAARCCCUUGCCGCCGGGCUGUUUGUUGGAUGUGGGAGAAUUCCACGUCAAUUACACCGUGGCCAUGCCGUGGGCGAACCCGCCAUACGUUCGGAUCACUCGUCGAGUAAUCAUCGAAGACAUUGAUGAGUGCGCCGUCUUGUCCAAUACCAAGAUCCUCAAAAGAAUCGAAGCCACCUGUCCGCAGCUCAUACCCCAGUGUGACACAGAGGCCGGGGCCAAGUGCAUCAACACKGUAGGAAGCUACGCCUGCAAGUGCCCCACUCGAACCAGUGGCGACGGUUUCCUSAAAUCGGCCGAGUUYGAUGCAAGCGAUACCAGUUAUCCGAUCCCGUCCUCUUUCAAGGGCGGGACGUCUUGUACCGAUACGUCCAAGCCCGAGAUUACUCUGAAAGGCCCCAAUCCCAAGACAUUUCGGAUUGCAAAGUAUGGUGGUGGUCUGAGCGGUGUCAUGAAUGAGUACUCUGGCAGAGGCAUCAACGACAGGGCUGACGAGAAGAAACAAAUUUCCGCCAAUCUGGAGGCAGACAUCCGGGAAAUGAUUCGGGCAACGGCCGGCGCCGAGCUUUGUGCGACGCAUGAAAACCCYCGCGUCAAGGCAUCAGACUGCUUCAAGGCRAUCGAUAAGACCUACAAGGGCGACGUGGAUCUUUCGGGCCGUGUGGUCAUCGGAGAUCCGAUCCAGAGGUCGCAUUUGCACUGGGUGGUCCCCUAUGACGUCAAAGACGACGCGGGCAACGAGGCAACGACGRUCUACCGCGACGUAGUCUUGGAAGAGGUCAGCUUGUUCGGCCUGGAGAAGAAGAUCCGAGACGAAGUGGCCAACGAGGAGAAACGAAAAACGAAACGUGCCAUCGACAACGCCGUGAAGGCCGAACGAAAGAAAUGGGAUGCCGAGAACAAGGCGGCUACCAAUCGAUCCCGCCGGAACACCGCCAGUUCCAACGAUGCGAAAAGUUGCCCGGCAUGCCCCGCUUGUUCCUGCCCCGAAACGGACAUCCCCGACGGCACAUCCUGUUCCGCCUUUUGCACCAGCUUGUCGGAAACCUGCCGGCAACUCGGCGACGACAACUUUGUUUACAAGCUGCUGCUUGUCUUGGAAGACUUCUUUCCGGUACAGCUUGUCCCUAUGAUGGUCCUUUCGUUUGUCGCCGCGGUAUGCUUGUACGUGAUGCGCUGGGUAUUGACGCUCAUCUUCAACCCCAAGGCGCACACAAACUACGACUACGGAAAUUACAACGGGAUCAACGACGAGAUGGUUCUGGCGACGGCACCGGAACCGAGGCAGCAAGCAAUGCCAGCACAAACCCAAGGUGCCGGCGCAGGCAACCCGGCAUCGACACCGAGGCCACCAACGGCAUCCCUUUCUCUCUCCGGCUACAACGGUCAAAACGGAACAAGCGGGGCCGCAAACGGGACCAACGGAUCUUUCUUCUCGCCCGGCAGCCAGAUGGGAUCUCCCCCCGGCAGGUUUGAUGGAAGCGCCGGUCUCCGAAGCCCCAACACCCCGGCACAGGCUGGCUUUCGGGAUCAGUACGACGGAGGAGGGUCGUCCUACCAGUCGCCGCCGCUGAUUGUGCCGAGCAAAAACGGCGAGGGUGCCCGGAGACGGACACCGUACCGAUGAAUUUAGAAACAGAGAAAGCAAAAAUUGAAUCGAUCGCAAAUAUUUAACGAUUGC